AUGCAAACAUACCGAAAUGAUCCACCGAAAGUGGAAGUUCAUGAUUGGGAACCCGCCAAAGUAUCAUUCGAAAGAGUUCAUGUAGACUACGCAGGACCGUUUAUGGGUUCAUAUUUCUUUUUGAUGGUUGAUGCCUUCACUAAGUGGCCGUUUGUUUUUGUAAUGAAGGACAUCACAGCUAGGAGUACCAUUCAGAAAUGUGAAGAGAUUUUCAUGAAUUUUAGUUGUCCAGAGACAAUGGUCAUGGAUAACGGUCGAAGUUUUCGUUCUACAGAAUUUUUACAAUUUCUUGCUUACAAUAAGAUUACGCCUAAGUUUACAGCUGCCUACCAUCCAGCCACAAAUGGUCAGGUAGAAAGAUUCGUUCAAACAAUGAAAAGCUCUUUACAGAAAAUGUGUGCUGAAGCGAAAAAUCAAAAUUUUACAUUAAAAGAAGCUUUGCGAGUAUUUCUUAUACAGUAUCGAGUUACACCUCACUGCGCUACCGGAGUUGCUCCGGCGGAACGUAUGUUUAAACGACAAUUACGUACGCAUUUAACUUUCAAAUUACCGAAUAGACAGGAUUUUACAAAUUGCAAUACAAAUAAGAUAGUUCGAGAAUUCUCAGUAGGGGAAAGCGUGAGAUGCCGUAAUUACAAUAGUAAAGAAAAAUGGAAAUUUGGAAAAAUUAUCCAGCGUAUUGGCAAGUUACAUUACAGUAUUAGGCUAGAAGAUGGCCGAGUGUGGGAACGGCACGUGGAUCAAAUUCUUCGUUCUAAGGAAUCUGGGAUACACUCAGAGAAUUGGUACAACCAAUUGGAUUCAGGAGAUCCUGAAACACCUGUUACGCCUGAUCAAGUUACGGUUUCGUUAGAGGAAAACAACCCCAAUGAAACAUCGUCCGAAGCUGGAGAAAAUCAAUCAUCUCCAAUUGCGGAAACAAGUACACCAGAGCCAGUGGUUAUACGGCAGAAAGAGCUGCCUCAACGUAGGCGAGUACCGCCAGCUUGGGUUGCCGACUUUUGGAUGGGUCAACCUAGAAAGUAG